UCAAGGGGAUUCCCCGUUCAUCCCCACGCGCGUCGUAGAAGUGGCGGGGGAUUUCCCGACAUCGCGUCGGAAAGAACUUCGCCGCGCAGUUCCACGGUCAAUAAUUGGAACUGAGCAGAAGUUGGGUACUGUGCAGUGCUUUCCCGAUGUAGGGGAGGACAUGUUGAUGAGUAAAACAAUCUUACUUACACCCUCAUCUCCGGGUGAGUACACAAUGGUUAUUUCACUGCUAUAGUAUUUAUAUAUUUUAAUUACUGUAUAGGGAGAGAGGAAAAACACUCACCUCGUAUUCUCCCCGCGGCUUUCAUAAGUGGCGAAUCGAAACAAGUUUAAUUACAAUUCACCAACCCGUUUUAAUGGACCGGUGUGGUGAAGUAUGGAUAAAAAUGAAUGCUUCCAACGACCAACAGUGCCUUUGACGAUGUACAGUGCAGUAAUAGGAAUACAAUUAUAUUACUAACUUAAGCUUAGAGAAGGAAGUUCCCUUGAGGUAAAUGGCUGUUGACUUUCCAAACGGUAAAGUAUUGUACUGUUUAGACAACGUUUAAAUAGUAAAAAAAUAAGUUUAAACCCUGCGAAGGCCUGAGGCCUGGUCCUUUUUCUCCCGAUUUGCCUGGAAACAGUCCAUAAAAGGCGCCUGCAUCACGGCAGGCGAUUUAGGAAAAUGUCUCCUCGGGCUUACGCAGAAAAUACAUUUUAACACAAUUAUACAUAUAAUACCGAGGCGUAAAUAAGAAAAUAUAAGUUGAACAUAUGAGCCAGGAGGAGUGUGAUAUGUAAAACAAAAAUAAGACUGAUGCAGGUUUAUCAGCUGCUCGGGUGUGAGCACUUUGUCAAUAUUGUUGAAGACGGUCCAGCAUCAAACAAGACAUGAGCUCAAGUUGAUUUUGUUGAACCAGGCCCCUCUGAGCCGUGCAUGGCCCACGCGGUGCCAGCGAGCGCACAUGGGCCGGAGUCGAUCGCCGGGAGGGACGCCGUCGGCCACGACGGCCAGGGGGACGAGACGGCGGAGGCAGAGGCGGAGGCUGCGGCUGCGGCGGGACUGAACCCGGCCAUCCUGGGCUCGGCGCCCGACCCCAAGCACCUGUGCUGCCACUGCUGCCUGCUGCUGCGCACGCCGGUGCAGACGCAAUGCGGCCACCGCUACUGCCAGGCCUGCCUGGCUCAGCUGGUUCGGCAGAGGCACAUCACCUGCGCCAAAUGCACAGAUGAAAACGUGUUCGACCCCCACCUGUCCAUUCUCGACGACACGAAGGCCUUUCACGACAGGGCGGCUCAACGGGAGAUCGACUGCCUCUCCGCUCGCUGCAUUAAUGAAGGCUGCCCCUGGACUGGAACCGUCAAGGAGUACUGGUCUGUGCACGAGGAGCUCUGCGAGUUCUCCACCCUGCCCUGCCCCUUCCAGGACGUCGGCUGCACGGCCAAGGUCUCGCGCGGCGAGCUUUCCCGGCACGAGGAAACGGCGGUGCCGCUACACCUGCGGCUGCUGCUGGCGCCGCUCGCGUCCCUCCGCUCGGCGCUCCUCGUCCCGGACCGCUUCGCCCUCGAGAACGGCGCCGCCGACGCCGGCGCCGUCCCCCAGCGGGUCGGCACUGUCGAUUCGCGCGUGCGCAAGCUGGAGGAGCUCCUCGACCGGCUCAACAUCAACGGCGGCGACGGAGGCGGCGGCAGCGGCGGCUGGAACAAGGCGGACUCCGGGAUAAACAGCGCCAGCUUGGCGUCAAUAUCGCCAAGACGGGGGCAAGCCGGCGCUGCGAAGGGCGGUCGCAAGAAGGGAGCGGCGGCGGCGGCGGCGGCGGCGCCGGCCGGGGGAGGGGCGGAGGAGGAGGCUGGUGCGGUGGUGCUGGGGCGGCUGGCGCGGGUGGAGCGCAUGCUCACGGCGUUCGAGAACAUCGUCAAGGUGCUGGACCGCGAGACGGAGAGGGUGGCGGUGGCGCAGCGGGAGACGGAGCGCCAGCGGCGGGAGGAGCAGCAGCAGCUGCACGCGGCGCAGGCCAAGAUGCGGGAGGUGGAGCGCCAGCUGGCGGCCAAGGAGGCGGCGCUGGCCGAGCUGCGGGGCCGCCUGCUCUCGCUCGAGGCAGCCACCUUCGACGGAGUCUUCCUGUGGAAGAUCUCCAGCUUCCGCCAGCGCAGUCGCGACGCCAGCGAAGGGCGCAACCUUGCCUUCUACUCGCCAGCAUUCUAUACGAGCCAGCAUGGAUACAAGAUGUGCCUCCGGCUCUACCCCAAUGGGGACGGAGCCGGCCGUGGCACCCACCUCUCGCUCUUCUUCGUCAUCAUGAAGGGGGAUCACGAUGCCCUCUUGCCGUGGCCAUUCAAGUACAAGGUGACAAUGAUGCUGCUGGACCAAGACCGGCGGGAGCACGUGAUCGACGCGUUCCGGCCCGACGUGACGUCGUCCUCAUUCCAGCGCCCCGUGGGCGAGCUGAACGUGGCCAGCGGCUGCCCCCUCUUCUGCCCGCUCGCCCGGCUGCAGGGCCAGCAGCGGCAGGCCUACGUGCGCGACGACACCAUCUUCAUCCGCUGCAUCGUCGAGACCGACGGGGUCUGAGACAACGACGACGCCGCCGACGCAACGGUCGGCGUUGCCGGCGCGGGACAGCCGGUCGCGGCGGGGCCUCCGUCGGCGUUCGCUGCCGGGCCGGGCCUUGCGGCGCACGGGGAGCCCCGGAGUUCCGAUGCCGAGCGGCUGGCCCUGGGGACAAUGGCCGGGACGAGCGUGCGUCCGCGUCGAGGCCGUGGAUCGUGUAUCCGACGGCGGUUGUGGUGGUGAUUGUGGUGGUCGUGGUGGUGGUGGUGGUUGUGGUUCGGGUUGGGUGGAGCUGCGGCCGUCCGCCGAUUCAUAAAGGGAACGCUGUGACAGCAGGCGUUGCUAUUCCCUCGGCGAGAGGAGAGGAAUAGGAGGAAGUCCUCUUCCUCCGCUGUCCUUCCUCCCCUCGGCGAGAGGAGAGCAAUGCCUGUUGACUCUGCGUUCUCUUCAUUGACUCGAGUGCGUGGCCAGUGAGAGUGGGAAUCGCCGCGUGUAGCUGUGCUCGCAUCUGUGUGUGCGUGCAUGUGUGCGUGCGAGUGGAGUGUCUUUUUUCGAAUGGCACCCAAAAAAGUCUGAGGCUGUACAGGGGUCUGUGCGGGGUGAGCGGUAGUGUGGUGGUUAGCGCAGCGCGCUUUGAGUACCUGGUGCGGUGUGUAAACAUCGCCACUCGGGAGACAAAGGCGGCCGGGCGUGGUGCUGGCCACCCACCUCGUGUGCCGU